AUGUUCUCUACACUCGAGCUCGAUGUCCGGCCAGGUUCAGGGCUAGGGAUGUUUGAGAUAGGGACAUCCUUGUGGAAUGUACUCGAUACAUUACGCAGUCUGCAGCAUUUCUUUCCGCAGGUCGACGUGAAGUAUGACCCCGACUCUCCUACCACACCCAUUAUCCUGCACCUCAGGCCACACCUAGACCUGCUAUUCUCAGGCCAUCAUCAAAGGCUACACACGAUAUCUAUAAAGAAACUACGUGAUCCUAAUCCUCCCCUGACCCUGACCUACAAGACCUCCAUUCUCUCUUCGAGCGAGGAUGCGCUGAAGAGAGUCGGCGUGAGUCGGAUGUUCGGACCAACAUACCCCGGAGAUGACCUACGCUACCCUGGAGUGUCGUUCAGCUUUGAGGAGGAAUCCAGAGGAGCCGCUCCGAAGAGCCCUACCAUCUCGGACGAUCGACACCAAGAGGUCAAGCGCAUCAUCAUCGCGCAGAAGAACCUGGACGGCGAACCCAGGGACGCGCUGGAUGAGGUCAGGGAAUGCCCAGCCAUGGCUGGUGAUUUGUCCCGAGCGGUGGUCAAGAUCCAUGAAGGUGUCACUCUGCAAUUCUACCCGUCAGGCUCAGAGCCCGUCCACGUCAUGCUAGGCUCGACUACCGCGCAGGAUCUCACAGUCGACUUGGGCCCGCCUCUGCGCGUGCAUUACAAGGAGGACGAUAGGAUGACAAUACAUUCGCGAAGUAACCAAGCGGAAGUCGACGAGGACGGUGACUACUUCUACAACUACCAGCAACACGGCAUUGACUUCCUAGUAUCGGGGUCGACACAUACUGUGAAGAAGGUCGUUCUACAUUCAAACGUUCCUGGAACACCAUUAUUCCAAAGAUAUAAGCGUUGUCCUUGGGAUAUAGAAGGUCGUCCGGAGGACGACGAGGACGAGUCUCCACCCCGGAAGAGGUUCUACGAGAGGGUAGAGGAAAUCCAUCAUUUCCUUGCCCCCGGCGAAGCGCCCCCUUCUAUGAUUCUCAAUCGCACGGACGACGAAGAUGGGCUACGUCUGCCAAGUUCGACCACUCGUCUGUUCGGGUAUGACGGGAUUAUCUUGGAAGCGACUGAGUCAGGACAAGUCGUCUCAGUCAUGCUUUUCUGAUCUAGUGAUGUUUUUCUGGAUGUACGACUAUGUAGACUGACCGGACGCUGUUGUACAGUACAUACACCUGAAGCAACUUUGAGUACUGACGCCUGCCUGAAGUCCGAGAGUAUACAUACAGAUACUACCUCUAUAUUUUCAGUGGAUGAUCAUCGCUUGAAGAUCUCUGGCCAGACAGUUCUUAGUUCUUCGAGAUUGGUUACCGCUAUGAUGCCACUCGUAUCGUCUCCUUCCUGAAUAUCAGUGCCGAUGUGCUUCGGCUUUCCUCCCUCCAUAGCAAUUAAGCCGCGUUCGCAGAAGUGGACGCAAUGGCCCCAGCCGAGACGUCUUGCGGCCUCAACGUUCGUACGACUGUCGUCGAUGAAGUAGCACUUCGAAGGGUCUUGGACUCCCGCUUUCUUCAUCGCAUUCUCGUAGAAAUCCGUCUCAGGUUUACACGAGAAGUUGGAGUUGGAGUAGUCGCAGUAAAUGAUGUCCUCGAUGAGAUCAUCUACCCCGAGGAUACGAAGUACUCGGGAAGCAUGGCUUAUAUAGGCGUUCGUUAGAGCCCACACCCGAGUCUUGCUCCGGUCUAUGUCUUCUAGGAGCUUCCGGAGCGCGGGGUCUGGUUUGAGCAGCUCUUCGAGCGGAAGGGAGCCAUCGCACUUGCGAUCAAAGUCCAGAGGGUCGAUCUGAUGAUGCCUCACAAGACCCCGGAUAGCAAGGCCAUACUGGGAGUAGUAUUUAUGAUGCAGCGUGGAGGCUUCCUCCUCGGGCAAGCCCAUGCCGACGAAGUACGCAUGUAUGCGCGUUCCCAUAGCAUGAGAUAUGCCUGCGCUUGCGGAGUACAGUGUAUUAUCGACGUCUAGCCAUACGAUGCUGCGUUCAUCGUGUUGCUCUUGAG